AUGGAAGGGAACGGUGGCGCGGGCGGCGGUAGCGGAAGCGCGGCACCGCCCUGGGAUCUCGCCAUGCACUGGGCUCCCUCCACCGGCUCGUCCUACCCGCAGCAGCCCUUGGCGCUGCGCCCAGGCGUCAUGCCCAGCCAGCUCCAGCCGCUGCACCAGCAGCAGCAGCCGCAGCACGAGCUGACCUGCCUCAAGCUGGGGAAGCGGCCCGCCUGCUGCUGGGCCGGGGCGGCGGGCAACCAAGUGGUGGCGCAGGCUGGCGCGGGCCUGCCGCAUGUCCACGGCAAUGGCGGCGCCGCCGCUGGUGGUGGCGCGAGCGGGACACCUGCUGAGGGUAAGAGGAAGGAGAAGGCGGCGGCGCCGGCCGCGGCGGGCGUGCCGAGGUGCCAGGUGGAGGGGUGCCACGUGGCGCUGGCGGACGCCAAGGACUACCACCGGCGGCACAAGGUGUGCGAGGCGCACUCCAAGGCGCCCCGGGUCGUCGUGCUCGGCGCCGAGCAGCGCUUCUGCCAGCAGUGCAGCCGGUUCCACGCGAUCUCGGAGUUCGAUGACGCAAAGCGGAGCUGCCGGCGGCGGCUGGCCGGGCACAACGAGCGGCGGCGGAAGAGCAACGCCAGCGAGGCCAUGGCCAGAGGCGUCGCGCACCCACACGGAGUGACGGCUUUCGGCCACGGCUUCCUGCAGCCACCGUGCGGCGGCCUCCCGGGGUCCCCGGCUGGUGCUCUCUCUCUUCUGUCAUCGGCCAGAGGCGGCACGGCAAGCGCCCCCUGGCUGGUCACGACGCCGGACAUCUCCGCGUGCUCCAGCGCGGCGCUCGACGACCUUAUCGCCGAGAACCGCGCCGCGCUCCUCUCGUGGCAGUACUUCUCGGACCGCUCGUCGUCGGCGCCCGGCCGGCAUUUUGCCUCUUCGUCGACGGCGGGUUGCGCCCUCCCGCCGGUCGAUCAGGCAGCAGCCAGCUGGCGCCCGCAUCCCCACAGUGGCGGUGGCGGUGGCCGGUACCACGUGGCGCCGCCCAGUGCGUGGCACACGACGCUGGACCUUAUGCAGACAGCAAGCUCCGGCGCCGCUCCCACCACCGGCGCGCCGUUCCGGCCAGUGCCGGAGAGGGCGGGCACGAGGCCUCUCGGUAAGACCAAGGAUGGCGACGCGUCAGGGUGUAGCUUGGACGCGUGGGCGCCCGCGGGUGGAGCUCGUGUGCUGUGA